AUGAAAUUUCGCUCGUUGGCGCUAUCGUUGCGCGUUUUCGGCGUCAAAGGCUUCAAGGGGCUCCUACCACAUGAUGUGGCAGAGGUGGAUUCCGUGGAGGAGGGUCACUGCGAAUUGGCCGUCGACCCAGAUUGGAGAAUGAGUCGAGCUGAGAGUGCGUGCAGAUUGAAACUGUUAAGGGCUGAGGUUGGAAAUGAGGUUCUCCCUCCUGGUUGUUCUCCGACAGAUCUCGUCGCAGCGGUGAAUGUAAAAGAAAAGAUCGAAAUAAAUGGCAAAUGUUGGGACACGGCCGUCACUCCGGGGCGCAUCAUUCAAGUCGUUCUCAUGCACAAUCAGACUCCCGUUGUUGAUGCCACGAUGAGACUCGAGGAUAUUGUCUCAAAAUGCAAAGGUGAUCAAAUCACUCACAUUUGGAUCAACACUAAACCGAGCGGUCGAAUCCUCGCUCAGGCACGACAUCUCAAAAACGCCGAGGAAAUGCCCACAUCGAUUUCUUCGCCGCAAAAGCAGCAAUCAAGCGGGAAAAGUUCUCGGUCAAAUAAAGACGAAGACAACGAUGAAAUCGCGGCGGACGAGGGGAUGAACGCGCGCGGAUUCGGCUCCUCACACGGCAAUGGCAUUCAGCGCCGGCGUGGAGCCAUCAAACAUGCCAAGGUCCACGAGAUCCGAGGGCAUCAAUUCGUGGCCACAUUCUUUCGCCAGUUUACUUUUUGCCAGUUCUGCUCCGACUUCAUGUGGGGCCUAAACAAACAGGGUUAUCAAUGUCAAUUGUGUUCGGCGUCUGUGCACAAGAAAUGUCACGACAAAUUACUCACUCAGUGCCCCGGAUCGGCGAAAAACACGAAAGAGACUAUAGCUUUGAAAGAGCGCUUCAAAGUGGACAUCCCGCAUCGCUUCAAAGUCUACAACUUCAAGAGUCCCACUUUUUGUGAUCACUGUGGAUCGAUGCUUUACGGGCUUUUCAAGCAGGGAUUACGGUGUGAAGUGUGUAACGUUGCCUGUCAUCACAAAUGCGAGAAAUUAAUCCCGAAUCUCUGUGGAGUGAAUCAGAAACAAUUGAGUGAAGCGCUGCUCGAGAUCAAACAAGGAAAACAUCCACAUAGCGUACCGAACAUGUCUGCCAUGUCACUCGGAGAGAAUGGGAUGAAAGGCAAUGGCGUGAUGCCGAAAGGAUACGUAAAGGAGUUGUGGACGGGUGGAGACAAAAAGUACAAUCUCUCGAACUUCACGAUGGCAAAAGUGCUCGGAAAGGGAUCGUUUGGAAAAGUGCUUUUGGUGGAGCUCAAGGGGAAAUCCGAGUACUACGCGAUGAAAUGCCUCAAGAAAGAUGUGAUUUUGGAAGACGAUGACACAGAGUGCACCUAUAUCGAGCGGCGAGUGCUCAUUUUAGCCUCUCAAUGCCCGUUCUUAUGUCAAAUGUUUUGCUCAUUCCAAACAAACGAAUAUCUCUUCUUUGUGAUGGAGUAUUUGAAUGGCGGUGAUUUGAUGCACCAUAUUCAACAGGUGAAACGAUUCGACGAGACACGGACGAGGUUCUACGCUUGUGAGAUCAUCAUUGCGCUUCAAUUUUUGCACUCGAAUAAUAUUAUUUACAGAGAUCUCAAAUUGGAUAACAUUCUCCUUGACUCGGAAGGCCACGUGAAAUUGGCUGAUUUCGGAAUGGCAAAGACAGAAAUGAAUCGGGAAAAUGGAAUGGCGAGCACUUUCUGUGGAACGCCCGAUUACAUUAGUCCUGAGAUCAUCAAAGGCCAACUCUACAACGAGGCUGUCGAUUUCUGGUCUUUUGGCGUUUUGAUGUACGAAAUGUUGGUCGGUCAAUCGCCAUUCCACGGUGAAGGAGAAGAUGAAUUAUUUGACUCGAUUCUCAACGAGAGACCGUACUUCCCAAAGAGUAUAUCGAAAGAAGCGGCGAAAUGUCUGUCAGCUCUUUUCGAUCGUAAUCCGAAUACUCGUCUUGGUAUGCCGGAAUGUCCAGACGGGCCAGUCAGACAACAUGCUUUCUUCCGGGGAAUCGAUUGGAAACGAUUCGAGGCUCGACAAAUGCAACCACCGUUCAAACCGAAUAUCAAAUCGGCUUCGGAUGCUUCGAAUUUUGACGAGGAUUUCACCUCCGAAAAAGCGGUGCUCACGCCAAUCCACGACAAGAAUCUCCUCGCUUCAAUUGAUCCCGAGGCUUUCCUCAAUUUCUCUUACACAAAUCCCCAAUUUCUUAAU